CCAAACCUUGGCAUCUCCAACUAUAAAUAGCUCUAUUUGGCUAGAGUAUUGUCACUACCACCAACACAUCAAAGCACUUUCUAGUAGCUGAGAGAGCAUUGUGUCAUAAACAUUGUUUUGCUAUUCUUAAUACCACUUUGGCUUUAACAAUGACUGGUUUGAAGUCAUUGGUUGUGGUUGCUUUUCUUGUUUCAACCUAUGCUAUGGUGUCCGAAAGCCGGGUGGCUAGGAAGGAUCUGGGUAUUAAUCUGGGUGGUGUUGGGAAGGAUCUGGGUAUUGAUCUGGGUGGUGAUGGGAUUGGUGCUGGGAUAGGCCUUGGUCUAGGACUAGGAGGGAGUGGUUCAGGCUCUGGUUCUGGCUCGGGAUCUGGCUCUGGCUCCGGCUCUGGUUCGGGCUCGGGCUCGGGCUCGGGCUCGGGCUCAGGGUCAGGUUCUGGUGCGGGUUCAGAAGCGGGCUCAUAUGCUGGAUCAAGAGCUGGGUCUGGGUCUGGUGGCAACCAAGGAGGAGGAUCGGGCCAAGGCCGUGGCGAGGGGUAUGGGGAGGGAUCCGGCAGAGGAAGUGGCUCGGGAAAUGGUUCCGGUUCCGGAUAUGGUGAAGGCCGAGGGUACGGGUCAGGGUCCGGCAGCGGUCAUGGUAAAUGAAGAAAUGUUAUUUUCCAAGCAAAACCAAGGGAUCACUGCUUUGAAUUGAUAAACGUAAAUUAAAGGCUCCGUGUUUUUUUGCGUGGUUGUUAAGUUUUAUAUGAACAAUAAAAUGUUGGAUUUGCGUUGUAUAAA